AAACUACAGUUCGUUUAUUCAGCUUAGUCAAAACUAGUUAAAUUCCAAUGAUCAUUUACAUAUAUACAACUCUGUUGGCGAAACAGCUGACUUGCAAUAGCAGUUACUUUGAUUUUGGUUUCUUUGCAAAAUGUUUGGUUUUGCAAAACAUAUUUUCAGCUUGCGUUUUGCCUUCUUAUUGCUAAUUGGAGCUAUACUGGUUGCAGUUUAUCAAAAUGAAGUUAAACAGCUUUGGAGCAGCGCCUUGGGUAAAUAUAUGGAUAGCGUGCCAGAGUCAACAGAGACGGUCAUAACGCAGCAGCAGCUGGCCAUGUGCAAUGGUGAAGAUGGUAAUCCUAUCUGUCUGGCUUUACUUGGUGUUGUCUUUGAUGUCUCCAAGGGCAUAAAGCACUAUGGAACUGGAUGUAGCUACAACUUCUUCGUGGGUCGUGAUGCGUCCGCUUCAUUUGUUACCGGCGAUUUCGAGAAUUAUGAUCCAGAGACUUCAGACGAUGUGCUCACUCUAAAGCCCAGCGAUUUGCUAGAGCUGGCCAAGUGGCAGCAGUUCUACGAGAAGGAAUAUACCUACAAGGGCAAGCUAAUUGGACGUUUCUAUGACGAGCAGGGCAAGUCAACCAGCUAUCACAAGAAGUUUCUGGCGCUGGUGGAUCAAGCAGAGACAGUCAAGGCUCAAAAAGAUGAGUUGCGCAAAAAAUAUCCAGGAUGCAAUAUAAAGUGGUCUGAGGAAACAGGCACUCGGGUUUGGUGCACACCCACCAGUGGCGAUGGCAUUGAGCGCAGCUGGAUUGGAUAUCCACGCAAGCUUUUUAGCCGUGAUAAUAAAAACUUUCACUGCGCCUGCGUGCCUGAGAAAGAUUUAGACAAUGCUAUGUUUAAGGCCUAUGACAAUUGUGCACCAAAUGCUUUCGAAUGCUUUUAUCGUGUAUAA